UGGCCAUUUAAGGGGUUGUGCUGCCCACCACAGGCUAUUAUAGGAGGGUAGAAGAUAAGAUGGGUCGUACAUAAAACCCACCCUAGUAUCACACCUUGGCUGGGAGUCCACAUACAAUCAUUCAGACAUGGCAAGUAAGAAGGCUUCCAACAAGAGACAGAGGGGAGGACAGAAGUCUUGCUCUAAUGUCUUCUCCAUGUUCGAGCAGUCCCAGAUACAGGAAUUCAAGGAGGCUUUCGGCUGCAUUGACCAAGACAGAGACGGUGUUAUCAAAAAACAGGACCUGAAGGAGACCUAUGCUCAGCUGGGUAUUUUGUUUACUUAUAAAUCUCUAUUAAAAAUAAAAAUGUUCUACUUAUGUAACCUGCCUUUUGUACUGCAUUUGUUACUGUAUAUUUGUUUAAACUGGUUGUGUGUGCAUUUGCUUGUGUGUGUGUGUGUUUGCGUAUCAGGAAAACUUAAUGUCAAAGACGAGGAGCUGGAUGAGAUGUUGAAUGAAGGGAAGGGCCCCAUCAACUUCACUGUGUUCCUGACUCUUUUUGGGGAGAAACUCAAUGGUACUGAUCCUGAAGACACCAUACUUGCUGCCUUCAAACUUUUUGAUCCCAAUGGAACAGGCUUUGUUAACAAGGAUGAGUUUAGGCGAUUACUGAUGAACCAGGCCGAUAAAUUCACAGCAGAUGAGGUGGAUCAGGCAUUCGCUCUCGCUCCCAUUGACCCAACUGGCAACAUCGACUACAAAUCACUCUGCUACAUCAUCACACAUGGAGACGAGAAGGAAGAAUCCUAACAAGGAUCUGUGUAAUCAGGUCAUACAGGUCACCUAAACACGCUGAUGACUGUUUUUAUGUUGACUAGUUAUCAUUCCAAAACAUUAAUGUUUGAUGGAAUAAUGGUGGAAUAUCUGAUUCAUUCAAACUCAACUGUUCAAUGGUCAGAAAUGCAGCAGAAAAAGUGACUCAUUUGUUUGUAUGCUAUAAGAAUAAAGU